AUGGACAGGGCUUGGAAUUAUAUCAACCUUGAUGAGGAGAGGCAGAGGAAAGUAUACGGGAUGGCUAGCCCGGUUCCCAGUAAACCGCAGAGCACUCAGGGAUCUAACCGCAGUCAAGAUCGGUACCGACCUCUGAACGAGACUUCGGGGUACAGGGGUAACAAUUCGUUUAAUGCUCAACCCAGUCCGCCUAGCACGGGGCUUGGUACGAAACCGAGUUUCAGCAUUGGGGGAGGAACGGAAGGAUACGUGGACCGAGCAGGGGUACCCAGACAAUAUGUACCGCUUAACACUUUGAGGGAGCAGAUUUUAUCUCGGAUCAAGCACAAUAAUGAGGAGAUUCGUUAUCCCCCGAGGCUGGUGAAGGACGGAGACCGGUCCAAGUUCUGCGAACUCCAUGAUGGCUAUGGCCAUGAAACAGAAGAAUGUGGGCGUUUGCGGAGUGAGAUAGACAAGCUGGGCCAAGACCGAGGAAAUACAAGGGUCAACUCGGUCAGGUCGGAGCCAGGGGGGAGCAGGAAAGCCCAAUCCCCAUCAAAGAAAACACAAGUCACAGGGGUGAUUAACACAAUCUUAGGAGGAACUUUGGAAUCCGAGUAUAGUCGAAAAUGCAAAAAGAAAAAGCAAAAGAUGGUCAUGUCAGUGUCUACUGGGUCGCCAUGGCCUAGCAUUGUUUUCGGGCCAGAGGACGCGAAAGGGGUAGAAUUUCCCCACGAGGACGCUUUGAUCGUAUCUGCUAUCAUCGGAUCGAAAUGGGUAAAACGACUGCUGGUGGAUGAUGGUAGCUCGGUUAACUUGUUGACUCUAUCAGUCUUUUUGACGAUGGGAGGAUCCAAAACUGAUCUUAAACCAGUGAACAUUCCCCUCCUGGGGCUGGGAGGAGCUCCGGUCAUCCCAGAAGGCAUGGUCGAGCUAGACUUGGAGCUCGGUAUCGAAAUACCCCAGGAGGAUGGAACAGAGGGUAUCCUGGCGGAACUAACACGGAAGUGCAAGCCUGUCAAGCAAAAGAAAAGAACUUUCUCUCUAGAGAAACAGAUUGCUAUCCGAGACGAAGUGGAGAAGCUUUUGAAAGCCGGGUUCAUCAGGAAAGUGGAUUACCCGGAGUGGCUGGCCAAUGUGGUCUUGAUCAAGAAGUCUAAUGGCAGAUGGAGGCUUUGUAUAGAUUUCACUGAUCUAAACAAUGCCUGCCCGAAAGACAGUUUCCCUCUGCCGAACAUUGACCAACUGGUGGAUGCAACGUGUGGAUUCGCAGUCUAUGCAUUCUUAGAUGCUUCUCAGGGAUACCACCAGAUCCCGAUGAACAAAGACGAUGAAGAAAAGACAGAAUUCACCACGGAUCUGGGGACAUAUUGCUACAAGAAGAUGCCUUUCGAUCAACUGGGCAAGAACGUCGAGGUUUAUGUAGAUGACAUAGUCGUGAAAUCCAGAGGGAUCGAGGAUCACGCAGGGGACCUGGCAGAAACUUGUGAAAAGAUGAAGGGUUUCAACCUUAAGCUGAACCCGGAGAAGUGUGUCUUUGCAAUUCGGUCUGGGAAGUUUCUUGGGCACCUCAUCUCGGAGAAAGGCAUCGAGUCGAACCCGGAGAAAAUCGAGGCAGUAAUGAACAUGAAAGCCCCAAACUCAGUAAAAGAAGUGCAAAAGUUGAAUGGAAGAGUCACGGCACUGGGAAGGUUCAUGAAGGAGUGCAACGCAGCUUUUGAAGAGCUGAAGGUUUACCUCAGCACACCCCCAGUGCUAGGUAGACCCGAGCCAGGAGAAAUCUUGUACUUAUAUCUCUCGGUGAAUGAUGAGACAGCAGCGGCAGUCUUGGUGAAGGAAGAUAAAGUGGCAGCGGAAAAGCUAAGGAGAUAUUUCGAAGCUCACAUCAUAGUAGUACGGACGAACCAACCUCUGAGAAAGACGUUACAGAGGCCAGAAAUGUCGGGACGGCUGGUAUUGGCUGAUUUUAUAGCCGAGACUACAGCAAGUGACCAACCUGAGGAGGCUGAUGAACAACUUCUAAAGUGGGUCCUAGAAGUCGAUGGGGCAUCAAAUCUGGAAGGAUCCGGAGCAGGCGUGGUCUUGAGAGGCCCUCACGGAGUUACACUCCGAAGCUCGGUAAAAUUCGAUUUCCCGGCGUCCAACAACGCCGCGGAAUAUGAGGCUCUGCUGAUCGGAUUGAGAAUGGUAAAUAUGGUCAAAGCCGAGCAUCAAGUUCCCCGUUUGGAAAACCAAGAAGCUGACGUACUGGCCAAAGCAGCAACAGUGGAUGAAAAAGAUACCUGGGGUCCAUUUCUCUGUUCAAAAGCAUUCCAGCAUCGACAACCACGAAACCAUCUUUCUGACCCAGCCUUUGGAGAAUUGGAUGCAAGGCAUAGCCCACUACCUGAUGGACGGAACUCUGCCAGAGAACAGAGACAAAGCAUACAAAAUCCUGCGACAAGCCCCGUACUAUGCUUUCCUCGAUGGAGUCUUGUACAGAAAGUCAUUCACCCACCCGUGGUCGAGAUGCCUAACAACAGAGGAGGGCGAGUAUGUUCUGAGAGAAAUACACGAAGGUAUUUGUGGGGCGCACAUAGCUCCUCGCAUGUUGGCAAAGAAAGCAGUUUUGCAGGGAUGGUCAGGCAGGCGGAGGAGAUAGUAAAGAAGUGCGAGAACUGUCAGAGGCACCAGAACAUCCGACAUGCUCCAACCACAGAGCAGUGUCCUAUCACCAGUCCUUGGCCAUUUGCAACUUGGGGGAUUGACAUCCUGGGACCAUUCACGCCAACCACGGGGCAGAAAAAGUUCUUGAUAGUGGCAGUAGAUCACUUUACGAAGUGGAUCGAGGUAGAAGCAGUAAGCACCAUCACCGAAGCUCGGAUCCGGGAUUUCUUCUGGAGGCAAAUUGUAUGUCGAUUCGGGAUACCCAGAGCGUUGGUAACCGACAACGGGAAGCAGUUCAACUGCCGAGCCUUCAGAGAAUUUUGCAACGAUUUGCACAUCGACUUGCGUUUCACUUCGGUGGUUCAUCCGCAGAGUAAUGGGAUGACUGAGGUAACCAACCGGACAAUUCUAAAAAGGGUAUAUUACGUAAAGUGUGCGUAA